UUUGUGUUAAACAACGGGAAGAAUCAUCUGAACACUUUUGAUGAGAAAUCAGAUGAGGCCAUCUUCCUAGGAUAUUCCAUGGUGAGCAAGGCAUUCAGAGUCUUCAACAAAAGAACCAUGAUCACUGAAGAGUCAAUACAUGUUAUUUUCGAUGAAAAACAUGUGGUUGACAAGCCAUCAAAGCAUGAUCAUGAGGUUCUGGAUCUCUCAGACAAGGAUGAAGAAGUCAAUGAAGGAGAUAGAAUAAAACCUACGGAGUUCAUUCCAUUCAGAAGUCUACCACUGAAGACUUCACAGAGAAAUCCGGAUUUAGACAGUGUUGAGCCUUCCGGAAAGUUUGGCCAGCCUUCCAACAUUCCGGAACUCUCAAACGGUGACAAUUCCGGAAAUGGCGACCCAGUGCCAAUCCAUCCGGAAACACCAACAACUUCUGUUCUUCAACCAGAAGCUGAACUAAAUCAACCAGUCAAUCCCAAUCAACAAAAUCUUCGUUGGUUAAGGGAUCAUCCUCCUCAACAAGUCAUUGGAGAUAUUCAAUCUGGUGUUCGCACAAGGAGUGCCCAACAGAAUCUAGAAGCUAUGCUUGCUU